AUGGGUCGCCCAAGCCCGUGUCUGGCCUUGGUGGUGGUCCUCAUCCUGGCGCCUGCCCCUGGCUGGCUGUGCCUGCAGUGCGAACCGAAUUUUGCCGUUCACUUCGCUUCCUAUGCCCCUGACUUGAGCCGCAAGUCCUGGGGGCUUGGAGACGUGCCAGCCGCCGGCCGGAUGCUGCGAGGCUGGGCCCAAAACACACUGGAGGAAUUACACAUUGGGGUUCCCGCUGAGAUCUCUAUGGUGAAACUUGAACUCAUAGCCAGCACGGUGUAUGGGAAACUUGACACGUUGUUCAAAGGCAACACAUACAAGCCAGGUGUUCUUCCGGAAAUCAUGCGUUCCAUUUUCGAGGAACAAGUCAAAAUGCUACGAAAUGCCAUCAUUGAAAGCAGAGUAAAGUGUGAACGUCAUUGUGGAAUAAAUCGUUAUGAAGCCAUCUCUUGUGUGACCUGCCUGCAGACCAAGCCAACUUGCUUUGGAUAUAAUUGCGAGUCCUCUGAAGACUGGGAAGACGCCUUGAAGGGGCUUUAUGAGUACAUAAACAACUUGAGCUCGGAUCCAAGUGAAUGGGCCUUGGCACUGAAGCAACUUCCUGGAUUUAGCCACUGCACAUCCACAAGCCCAGACAGUCUGAACUUUACAAGUAUAGAGAGCACUCUAUCGAAAAACUGGCUCAGCGUGAUGGCCCUGAAGGAACUCGAGUCGGACAUACCCAUUAUCCAGCUGCUUGCCCCGAUUUGUUGAAUUAUUUCUGUCACAAAGCGCUGUGUUUGACCCAUGAAAUAAAA